GUGCCGGAGCCGGGGCACGGCAGACCCGGAACGCGAUGGAGCCGGCGCGCGGGCCGCGGGCUGAGGCCGACGCGCACGAGGAGGAGGAGGCGGGGGCGGCAAUGGCUGCCGUGGUGGCGGCGGCCGGUGGCACGGGCCCCGCCGUGCUGCAGGUGGCCGGUCUGUACCGGGGCCUGUGCGCGGUGCGUAGCCGCGCUCUAGGACUGGGGCUCGUGUCCCCCGCGCAGCUGCGUGUGUUCCCGGUGCGCCGCGGCUCGGGCCGGCCGGCGGGGGGUGCCGACGGCAGCGGAGCCGGGGCCGAGCUCGAGGCCAACCCCUUCUACGACCGCUACCGGGACAAGAUCCAGCAGCUGCGCAGAUCUGACCCAGCUGCUUUUGAAUCCCGACUUGAGAAGCGCAGUGAGUUUCGGAAGCAGCCAGUGGGGCACUCCAGGCAAGGUGACUUCAUCAAAUGUGUGGAACAGAAGACAGACCCCUUGGGGAAACAGCCUGUGAGCAGAGGAUUCACUAAGGACAAGACUCUCAGUUCAAUCUUUAACAUUGAGAUGGUGAAAGACAAAACUGCAGAAGAAAUAAGACAGAUUUGGCAGCAGUAUUUUGCAGCAAAAGAUACAGUCUACGCAGUUAUUCCUGAAGAGAAGUUUGACUUGAUCUGGACCCGAGCUCAGUCCUGUCCAACAUUUCUAUGUGCACUACCAAGAAGGGAAGGUUAUGAGUUCUUUGUAGGACAAUGGACAGGUACUGAACUCCACUUCACUGCACUUAUAAAUAUUCAGACCCGAGGGGAUGCUGCAGCCAGCCAGUUGGUUUUAUAUCACUACCCUGAACUUAAGGAGGAAAAGGGCAUAGUGCUGAUGACAGCAGAAAUGGAUACCACAUUCCUGAAUGUUGCUGAGGCACAGUGCAUUGCCAACCAAGUUCAGCUCUUCUAUGCCACUGACCGGAAGGAGACCUACGAGUUAGUGGAGACCUUUAACUUCAGACCAAAUGAAUUCAAAUAUAUGUCUGUCAUCGCUGAAUUGGAGCAAAGUGGACUUGGAGCAGAGCUGAAAUGUGCCCAGAACCAGGAUAAGACUUAGAGCUGUAAGGAUUGGCUUACAGCGUCUGCUCAGCCCUGGAUAGUUUUCUAAAGCCCACCUGCCCUCUUGAACUUUUGGAGCUUAACAGAUAUAAGGAGCAGUCUAUAAUGAGUUGACCUGUGUGCUUAUUGCAAGUAGUAGUCAUGGAGGUGAGCCCUUUUCCUUGAUAUUCAGGAAUGAAGGUAGCAGACAUUCUGAGAAUUCUCUGCCAGCGUAUUUAAGCUUUCCUUUUUAAGUGUUUGAGGUCAUAACCAGAGAGAGCUAAGGAUCCACAGGAUGGUUGAUUUGACUUUACACAGUGUAAUAGUGCUAUGCACCGUACAGCUCCCAAAUGAUUAGUUCCUCAUAUGUAUAAACUUGUGACAGGGUAAUAAGCUUGACGACCUGCUGUAGUUAGACGUGGGCUUUGCAUACUCUUCCUGUGUGCCCCUUGGCUGACCAAAGGCAUAGCCCAAAUAUCCUGUUUAGAAUCUAGAACAACCAGAUAUUGCUAUCAGGAUUAAGACUUAAUGUAGAUGUCCCCAGAGUUGCCUUUAGUGUAGCUGGUUUGGAGGGUCUUGUAGAUUUCAGGUGUAGUUAAAUACACCAGUAUGGUGCCUGCGUACUGUUAAACCAUAGUUUGUGGUACCUCCUCCUCUAGAAGCUGUGUAUUUGGAGGGGGGGCGUCAGUACAGUGUCAACAAAUCAACACUUCUGUAAGGAAAGGAUUGAUCCAGAUUUGCAUGUUUUGCUUUGUUUGUUUUAAACAACUCUAAACCAUGCCAGUAUUAAAUGAAAAAGUAGGUGGAAGCAAAUGUUCCCAGAUUGGGUGUGGGGAAAAUGUAGCAAUAAAAUAAAGUCUGGUUUACAGUCUUUUUACACUAAACAGUGAAAUCUAACCUCUGUGCUGUCCUUGGUGUCAGUGUGAAUCAGUGGACUGAUCAAAACCUAUCUUUGGACUCAGCAGUUGCUUGAAACGCCAAAUACAAGAAAGGAGCUCUCCAGCGCUGAAAACUCACAUUUAAUUUGUAGUGUCAUUGUUGUGGCUCCCAGCUCAGUGAUAGAAGAGGGUGGUGGUUACACACCAGCCUUCUGAAUCUGAGGUACCAGAGCCCCCCCAGUAUUGUCAUCAACCCCCUUUAUUAUGCCUUUCCUUUUCCUGAUCUGAUGUGCUCCAACUUUGCCGCUCCUGCCUGCGGUUUGCCUGUGUGACACUGAAUUGGUAAGUGAGAAUGUAACCAGGAGUUUUAGACUGUGUGUGUAUAUGUUCUUUAUUAUGGAAGAUUGUUUAUAGGUUGGGCCUGUCUCUAAGCUCUAGAGAUGGGAUUGGUCUUUCCAUUGUUUUCUGAGCUGUGUCUGUUUUGUUGUACUUCUGAGUCUGUGUGUAAAAAGAGAUCGUGUGUAUUUAAGCUGAAAAAGCUGCUGGCCUUUCACAGUUUCUCUAAAGGUUGAGCUCUUUCCUAAUGCAAAUUCUGGAUCUGCCUCUGUUCUGACAGUUCAUUUUUUGAGAAACUUGAGUCUGGAUGUUUCAAGUCCCAGGAAUUUUUGACAUCAGGUUGGAGUUGUUUCAUGGGUAUCCAGCGAUGUGUGCUUUUCCCUCUGGAUGGACCCACUUCUUGGCCAUAGUACAUUUUUAUAACACCUCCACCAGAGUGUAAGAAGAAAUAAGAUGAUGGGAGAAGAAAUAAGAAUUAAUUGGCUGCUCGUUCCUCCCAGCUUUGCUCUAUAUCCCCACUUGCCAGCAAAGAAUGUAUACAUGGACAGUUAUAUUGGACAUGGUCAGAAUGCCAUCUGGCUGCUCUUUAUAACUUACCUGGCAAGAUCUGGCAAAGAACCAAAAGAAAAUUGUGACAGUAAAUUUGUACCCUGGUGCGACAUGGUGUUACGGGAAGUGGACGAGUUUUAGAGUUAAGUGAAUCUGGGCUCAGAUGUCAUGUUGGGAUUCAUUAGCUCUGUAAUGUUGAACGAAUUAUCUAAAGCCUUUGAUUCUAUUUCUCCAUCUGUAAAAUGUGGACCAUAAUAAUAUCUACCUCGUAGGAUUACUGUGAGAAUUUAAACAGACUUACACGUAGACUACAGUAGAGCUUCAUAAAUGUCAAUACCACUCUUUUCUACUCCCCCUCCUGUCAUUAAAGACCAAAUCAGUGUUUCAGAUGUGGAGAUCAUUCUUCAUUCUGGUGUAAAGAGCAAACCUUAUCUCACAAGUUCUCAAACUUUAAGUUGCAGUAGAAUUACUUAGGGCACUUUAAAAGGCAGAUUCUCAGGUCCCCCACCCUACUGAAUCAUAAUCUUUUCAGAAGGUGCUGGGAAUCUGCGUUUAAGAUGUGCUCCAGAUGAUUGGGAUGUAGGUAAUUCACCAGUCACACUUUGAGAACCAUUGCCUUAUCUGUUCUUCACAAAAAAACCCCUCCCAUUAGCCAGAUCUUUCUUUCCUACGGACAUUAACCUUAGGAUUGGUUCCUUUGCUCUUGCCUCCCAUAGUGGUCUCCCUUUCUGUACUUUAAAGUAUAAUUAUUUAUGUAUGUAUCUUUUUUUCCCCACUAGACUGUGAGCUCCUUGAGGGCCAGAGUUUAUCUCCAUUCCCAGUGCCAAGGACAUGGCCUGGAACAUAGAUGAUACUAAGUUGUUUGUUGAAUAAAUAAAUAACAUGGAUUUUAGCCAAAA